AUGGGUGCAUUAUGCCAGCUUCUUCAGUUCCAAGAAGAUUUACAAUCUAGACUGCUUCGACAAUUUACGAAACUCUUAGCAUUAAUUUGUAUGGUACGAACCAGAACCCGUUUAAAUUUAUCGAAACUUAGUAUUCAUCAAGUAAUAUCAGAUCAAAGAGAAGAAGAACAAGUGACUCAAUCAAGUAUGUCAAAUCAUAAUAAUAAAAUGGAUGAUUUGUAUAAUACAAAUGCCUCAUGUCAAUCAAUUAAAGCAGACUCCUCAAUAACCGAUAUUAGUUGUUUAUCUUUUAUCUCUAUCAAUGCAACAGAAAUUAAGAUGGCUGUAUUACCAGAACUCGAUAAUCAAACAUUGAAAACUAUUAUGACUUUAUUACCAAUCCAAUCAACAAACCACUCAAUCAAUAACAAAGAAGAUAAAGUAUUAGUCAGAAUUCCUUAUUAUAAUAGAAAAACAAAUAUAUAUGUUUGGUUGACGGCUAUUAAAAGUGUAUUUAUGAAUUUGGAAUACUAUGAAAGUAUUUAG